UCCCUGCGAGAGACAUUCCAGUGUUUUUCCAACGUGUUUCGUCACCUAGAAGGUCAUGAGCUACAGACGGUGUCAAUCACCCUCUCGCCUCUGCGUGUCAGUCCGGGCAAAAUGGUCAUGCGAAGCGACCAGUUCCACGCUAACCAGUCUCGAUGGACCCUUGAACUCUCUUUUGAUUUCGAGGAACCUCAAGUCGGUGAGCCGUUGUCGACUGACCCGACUCUAAGUGAAAAUUCCACGAGAACCGCCGCUGAAGACAACAGCCCCUACUUCACAGGCGCCGGAAAUCCAGAUUCCACCGAGCAGGUGAAUAAUGCUCAUUCACAGCCGCCAGAGACUAGGGCUGAUGCUGGUGUGUUUCAGGUUAGAGAACGAUCCGGUCAGAAUUUGGCCAUGCGACAGAGAAGAACUUUCCGCAAUCUCGCGGCUGCCAGACACCGCCCCUAUCCCGAAUGGUUCAGAUCCCGCCCUCUGCCAACCAUACCGGUUCCAAACAACGGGGCAACCUUCGCCCCUGACGUAGAACACUGGCCCAAUGAAAACCAGUCAAACAGGUUUCCAACUCCACAGCUGCAACAACAACAGCAGCAGCAAUCGUUGCAGAGGGAAAACCAAACAGCAAACUUUGGCGAUCUGACCUUCUCUCUGGUGAAGGAGAACAGUCCUGCAGUGAGCAGGAAGGCCUAUUCGUUUAUUUUGCUGCAACUGGAGUCUAGAGAAACCGGGGCCCACAUCAGCUUUCGGCCAAUGAUCUCCAGCUAUCGAUUUUCGACAAGAGGCGAGAGGGCGGGGCCGUUUGCAGUCUAUCCUAUGCGCUGGCGCUAUCUGAGCAACUUGGUCGAACUGAAGGACUGUCGUUUGGUGACUGUAGAAAUCGGCAUUGCCAGGCGUCUGCAGGAUGAAGUGCCGGAGCAGUUUUAA